CAAGAGAUGAUUUAAGAAAAAUAAAGAGAGCUAACAGCGAAGGGAGUGUGAUUGUAAGUUUCAUGUCUGUGUUCUCUCCAAGAAAAUGGACGGAGGAGAUAAUGAAAACCUAUCUGAAAUUAACAGGUAACGUAAGGUUUUUUACCAGAUUUAUAUUCCUAAAUGGGAUUCUGGGAGGGAAUUGGAGUGCGAUGCUUUGUUCUUUCUUCUAACUUCAUUUCCGUUGGCUGAAAAUAAUUCAAAGAUUAUUAAAGACUAUCUGCAAAUAUAGCUGCCUGCUUAUACUGGGUUCUUCUACUAUUAUUUUCAGCUUUCAUAUCACCAAAGCACUCAAUGCAAACAUGUUUAACUUGAGUAAGAAAAGGAAGCUACAGGCUGAGCAGUUCGGUUUGCCUAUGCCGAAACUUAAAUGUUGGGAUCAUCGUUUAUCUCCAAAAUCUAUUGAUGAAAAUCAGGAAGUAGAAGACUUCACACAGAAAAUUCAGGAAAAUGCAGAGAGACACGAGAUUGAUGAUGGAUCGGAUCCUGAAUCAGCUAAAGACAGUAAUAGUUUUAUAGGAGAUUCUGACUCUGCCACAUCUUUAUAUUAUGACUCUAAACUUGAAACAGAGAUUUCAAAGGAAUGGCCUUGUAAUGGGCCCUCUUCAUCAUCGUUUAAGUGGGGCUGCCACAAUUUGGAGGACCCCCAAUGCCCGCUAUAUGAUUCCACAGCACCAGGCGGUACUGGCAAAGGUGAACCAACAUUUGUCGCAGAGGAGCACUAUCCUCUCCAUAAGUGUAAUGGAUUACAUCAGAACUUUGAUGAUGCAAUUGGAGAAUUUGAAAGUCAUUCUGACUACACUUGCUCUGAACAUGGAACUGACAGCAUCGAGCCAUUUAUACGGAAAGAGCUCGACGAUAUACUUUAUCCUAAGGGGGUGGAUUCAAACGUGUAUGUCUUGUCUUCUGGAAGAUGGAACGUUAACCAAGAUGCUCAACCAGUUGCAAAAAAACCAACCAUUGAUCAGGAAUUUGAGCAGUACUUUUCUAUGCUUAUGCUGUAGCAGAGAAAACUUACUUUGUAGACCUUGAAUGUAAAAAUCUGUUAGUACAUAUCUCUUGUACUGUGGUAAUUAGUAAGUGAGACUGUUUAUUGGAAUGGUCAUUGUUAUUGAAAAGGACAACCUUUUUCGUACA